CUUGAUAUAAAAAAUUAUGUAGUUCUUAUUGCCAUGACUUUUCAAUAUAAAUACUUAUGUACCAAAUUUUGCAUUAUUCCUUAAAAUGUCUCUGAAAUUAGAAGAUAGUACAUUAGAAAAUAUAUCCUCAUUACUAGAUAUACUAUCAAGAGAAGUGCUUUCCCAGAAUAAAGGCUCAGAACCUGUACAAAAUGAUCUGUUUUAUGUUUUGAUUAUUGUUUUGAUGCUAGAAAAUGGAUUUCUACCAGUUAUUAAUGAUUCUGAGGUUAAAGAAAGUGUAAACUCUUAUGAUGUUCAACAUUUAAUACCUAAAAAGUUAGAGACUGGGUUGUAUGAGGCUAAGUUUGUAAUGUUUGGGUGUUCUGACUUACCAUUGAAGCUUAUUAUAAGUCCAAUGGGCGCACUGAUGUUGAUAAAUCUGGUGAUAAAUGACAUGAAUGGUGAAACUUAUUCAGUUUGUCUCCCGAUCAGUCGCUAUGUUGUCUCACCGCGAGCUUCAAGUAUACCUAUGAUAUUUCGUGAUUUAAAACAUCUCUCAGUUACUUUCAAGAAUAAAGUUUUGUCAGCAGUUAAAAGCAAGAUUCUCAGCAACUAUGGAUAUCCAAGCGCUAGUUUAGUUGGCCUUCCCGAUGAGAUCAUACUGUUUAAUAUUCUUCCUUAUCUGCCUGCCAGGGAUGUAUUAAAUAUAUCAGAAACUUGUAAACGUCUAAAAGCUGUAGCAAGCAAUGAUGGAUUAUGGCGAGAAAUGUAUAAAAGGGAUUACAAGGAUAAUACAACUGUUGUAACAAGUUGGAAAACAUUGUAUAAAGAGAAAUAUUUAUUACAAGAUAAAACAAAAAAUAGUAGUAUUUCCAUUAGAAACAUACAAGAUCACCGUUCAGUUACUUCCUUUUACCCCGAUGAAAGAAAUAUACCUUUCUAUAUUUUCCCAUUGCGAGAUGUGAUAUAAUAUUUAAUAUGAAAUUAAAAAAUUA